GCGGGCAGCGUGUGGUGCGUCCAUCGCCGUGGACGUUUGCACACGUGGACUGCGCCUUGCUCCUCGUUUCCGUAUGAGGGACUGUAAGCAGAGAAAAGGGGCCACCUUUCGACGGACGUCUUCGGCUUCUUCGUCGGGUGCGAAAGGACGACACAGACGGCAGCGGAAAGACGGGACCAUGUCCACGUCGCGGCUAUGGAGGGCAGCACAGAGGGUAGACGUGAUGUGUUGAUGCCUCGUGAGCUGCAGGCCGUGGCGGCGGCCGUGUCCACGAUCGUUCUUCGAUGUCAGCAGGAGAGGGCGCUGAGGCGACUGAAGGAGGAGUUGCGCGCGCGUAGACGGAGGACGUUGAUGCAAGCGGACGAUGGGGCCGAAUACGUGGCGACGUCGGAGGCUGUUGUUCAGCUGUGCUACGCAUUGGGUUACGGAGUGAUUCCUUGCGCGACGCCGCGGUGCUGGGUGAAGUGCAGGACAGGAGGCACGUGGGAAGACCUCAGGCAAUGCGACGACGCGACAGACGACUACUUACGGGAUAAGCUACGAAUGUCGCCGCGAGUGUUCCGGGAAAUCGCGGAGGCGUGUGCGCCUCAUCUUCAGCGGCGGGUCACGUUCUACAGGGAGCCUUUGCAGCCAGACCAAAUUGUGGCGUACGCACUGUACAUGUGGGCUUCAAGGGAGACGUACGAGAGCAGCACGUGCAACUUCGGGACUGGACGAGCUUCUAGGCUGAUUGCCGUCCGCAACGUGACUGCCGCGCUGCUAAGGGUAUUUGGAGAGAAGAUCGCGUGGCCGACAGGGGUUCGUAAACUCGUCCUUCUGCGGGCGUUUGCUGAUAAAGGGUUCCCCAACUGCCACGGUCGCAUUGAUUGUACUCACAUCUACGUCGACAAGCCGGCGAACGCUCCGAGCGAAAACUACUACGACAGGAAGCGCCGUUUCUCCAUCGUUGCGCAGGUUGUCGUCGACCUGGACUUGCGUGUGCUCGACGUGCACAUGGGAUACCCAGGUAGCUGCCACGACAUCAGGGUGCUGCAUUUGUCCAGCCUGUCGCUGCGCGCGGAGGAGGGGUUGUUGUUUCGUGGUCCCCCCGUGACACUGUCGUUCGGUGUGAAGACGAACGGGUACGUUAUGGCGGACAAUGGCUACCCCCCUUCAGAAUGGAUGGUCGUCCCGUACGAAGGCAUCAAUCAGCACGUCGACGAGGAGCGGUUUGACAACAAGCAGAAGGUGGCGAGGAGAGCGGUGGAGAGGGCGUUCGGCAGGCUGAAGGGCAUGUGGCGGCUGUUUCUGCGGACACACAAGACAAACCUGGACACGCUCCCGCAGCAGUUCACCGCCAUGUGCAUACUGCACAACAUACUGAUCGAUGUAGGAAUCCCCUUCGACGAGAAUCUGCUAUGGGAGGUCGACGCUAAUGGUGUGCGACGUCGUGUGGACUUUCGGGAUGGAAGAGCCCCUUCAGCCUGUGUCGCUAGUGACGUCGACGACGGAACCGUUGGCCCUGAGGCAUGCUUUGGCGGAACGAAUGAAACACGAUUGAGUCGUGUUUCAAUCGUGGGCGGCAACGCGUGGAAGUGCAUUCAUUGCAGCAAUGGACGGAGGGCAGAUUCAUUGUUUCGUCCUGCCUUGAUUGGGUCGCUAGCGUUUGUCCCCCGUCGAGGUUGGUGGUUUGCGUGGAGGGUCGUGUUUCCCAUGGUGGACGACAGCGCGUGGAAGUGCAUUCAUUGUAGCAAUGGCCGGAGGGCACGUUCGUUGUUCCAUCCAGCCUUGAUUGGGUUGCUAGGUUUUGUCCUGCUUCUGGGGUCGGUAGUUUGCGUCGAGGGUCGUGGUUUGUUGUCGUCGUGAUUCGUGGAUUGUGCCAUUGCAUGUUCACAACAUGUUUUGUCGGACAUCUUAUGCAGUAUGGUGCGCUGCGCUUUGUCUUCCUGCGAGUGUUGAACUAAAACACAAACACGUCUUUUGUUUGGCAUUGGGAUAACUGGGGAAAAAAAAAAAAAAAAAAAAAAAACAACCGACAAUGGCACAAGCACAUGAAGAUGAGAUGUGUGAAUAUACAUCCAACAAGCCAAGGACUACUCGUGUUUCAUGAGAAAGACCAUUCGGUGUGGAGUGAGUGAUCAGUCAUGAUCUGCAAAAUGACGAAAUACAGAAGGAAUCAAAAUUAUAAAAUUAA